AGUAUUGGUUGUUUCCUUUUCUUUUCCUACCUGGCUCUUUCACCGGCAGUGUCAUUGAGCAACAUACGGAACUGGGGAUAUGUUUACUGUUCGCCACGUAUGGAUUAUAUGGCUGGAGAUUUAGUUAACAACCUUUAAGAACUCUUCUGCUUGAAAUGUUCAUCCCACUGCCUGGCUGUGAUUCAGUCUCAGCACGUCCCACUUAAAGCUGCUCUAUGGAGGAUGGAGGACUUGGCACUGAAUCCUCGGAAGUACGGGUUGAGUAUAACUCCUCACAGAGCAGGACAGCGCCCGAGUUCAGAGUGUACAAGAGAAGAUGGUUCAUAUUACUGGUACUUUGCGUGUUAAACUGCUCUAAUUCAGUGCUAUGGCUGACCUUCGCCCCUGUGGCGGACCAGACAGCAGAGCAUCUGCAUGUGACUCUGGACCAGGUCAACUGGCUCUCUGUGGUCUACAUGGUGGUGGCCAUCCCUCUGAGCUUCAUCACCACGUGGAUGCUAGAUACACUGGGACUACGGCCCACUAUGAUUCUGGGCUCGUGGCUCAACAUGGCUGGCAGUGUAGUGAGGGUGGUGGGUGUGCUCAGCUAUCUGCCAGAGAAUACAAUGUUCCCCGUGGUGAUGGCUGGGCAGACUCUGUGCUCUCUGGCCCAGCCUCUGGUAAUCUUCUCCCCUACCAAACUAGCAGCUCUGUGGUUCCCCGAGCACCAACGCGCUACGGCUAACAUGAUCGCCUCAAUGUCAAAUCCUCUUGGGCUGCUUUUUGUUAAUAUCUUCUCCCCAAUGAUCCUUAGUAGAACCAAUAACCUUUUCAUGCUGCUCCUUAUAUAUGCUAUACCUGCCAUCGUCAUCUGUUUCCUAGCAACAGUGGGCAUCCAAAAGAGCGUUCCCCCAACGCCACCUUCUGCCAGCGCAGACACCUCCAGCUCUGAGCCUUUCCUACAAGGGAUUAAACUGCUGCUGACAAAUAAAGCCUAUAUGAUCCUGUUGGUGUGUUUCGGCUCAGGCAUCGGCAUCUUCACCUGUUUCGCCACACUGCUCGAGCAGAUUCUCUGUGUCAAAGGCUAUUCGAAUGACUUUGCAGGAUUGUGUGGCGCGCUCUUCAUCGUGUCCGGAGUGAUUGGAGCUGCUUUCCUUGGCCUUUUUGUGGACAAAACAAAGCUGUUCACAGAAUCUAUCAAAAUCAGCAUGUGCCUUACAUCUCUGUCCUGCACCGCGUUUGCAGUGGUUUCUCAGUUGGAGGAGCAGAAAGUCAUAAUUGGUGCAGUUUUUGCUCUUUUCGGCUUAUUCGGAUUCGCCAGCUAUCCAGUUGCCAUGGAGCUGUCAGUCGAGUGCUCUUACCCAGUUGGAGAGGCAACAUCAGCAGGGCUCGUGUUUAUUUCCGGGCAGAUCCAGUCCAUUGUGUACACCAUGCUCUUACCAGCUCUGACCACAAAACUGGCCCACUCUCCUCUGUCCGUGUGCGCUGCAGGUGAUGAUGCCAACCUGAGCUGGAUGGUGCCUGUGCUGGUGAUGGCUGGAUUGUGUUGUUUAGCUUCCUGCACUUUCGUCGUCAUCUUCCACACACAGUACCGGCGACUCAACGCAGAGGCUGACGCAGUCAAAACCCACUCCGCACAAACAGAGACAGAAGGAAUGACGAAGAGAAGCACAGAUGCAUGAUGGGACACCACCUCUAAGCAAAGCAUCCGGCAGCAUAUAUAUGAAAAGUCAGCAGCAGAAACCACUGACAAGUUCCUGUGUACUGUAACAGUAACUUUUACCUCAUGAUGGCAUUUUAAAAACGUUUCUGAACUCAGGCGUUUUUAAAUGUAGGAUUGUUACUUUCUAAAUAUUUUAAAACAAUGCGCAUUUUUAACAUGGUCAUUCAGUUACGGUUACUAAUUUUACAUGCUCGGGUACAAACUAAAGCCUAAAUAUUUUGACACAUCAACCUUACGAUUUUUUUUAAAAAAAAAUUUAUCAUGGUAUUUCAUUUUCUAAACAGCACCAAACAAAAAUAGGUCAAAAUUUCAAAAGCAGUGAUUCUGAUUACAUGAAGUGGUGUGAACUAUGGGACAUGCAGCAUAGACCUCAAUGGUGGUUGUUUUUUUUGUUUUUUUUUAAAUACUUAUUUUAUUUAUAAUAUUAUGAAUGAAAUGAGUGUAUACAUAUGUAUGAGACCAGGGGUCUUACAAGAAUGAAUGCAAAAGAACCACAAAUUGGGUCUACUGAGUGGAUCAUAGCCAAAUAAAUGUGUUAAUAAUAAUAAUAAUAAUAAUUAUUAUUAUUAAGUCUCUAAGUGUAUUUUUAACAUGCUAAAAUACUUGUAAAAGGUCAUUUGAAUAUUUUGACAUUUGUUUUUCUUUAAAAUGGGAAAAAGAUGAGGCAAGCCUCUUUUAUUAAAAAAAAAAAAAAAAAAGUUUUAUGCCAUUGAGAAUUCAAAGUUUAACUCUAGACAUUAAAUAAACAUGGUGCAUUUGCUCACAACACAUGA